ACAGAUAGAUAUAAUAAUAUUCACAAAGGUUUCCUCUCUCUCUCGCUCGCUCUUCGCAUCGCAGGCCAUGUCCAUCUUUGCGGCUUCCUCCUCUUUCGAUCUCCCCAAAAAUUAGGGUUUCCUCUGCCCCACCACCACUCCUCUUUUGCGCUCCAAAUCCCACCAGAUUCCGCCCUAUGAGAAAAAUAACCCGUCCUCGUGCGCAAUCCUUUUUCUGAUUCAGAUUCUAGGGUUUCCCAGAUCUGUGCACCUUCCUCCUCCGGUCUGCAUCCCUAGAUUCGUGUGAAUAUUCUACUUCUCUGUGCUCCUGCGUGGACAAUAUGUUUUGGAAGCUUACCGCGCUUUCUGCCUCUUCCCCAGUUGAGUCAUUGCUAGACAAGGAAAAUUUUACGUUGGAAGAGCUUCUGGAUGAAGAGGAGAUAAUACAAGAAUGCAAAGCAUUAAACAGCCGCCUGAUAAAUUUUUUGAGAGACAGAACUCAGGUUGAGCAGCUGCUGCGAUAUAUUAUUGAGGAGCCUCAAGAAGAAGCAGAUAGCAAGCGCACCUUCAAGUUUCCCUUUGUUGCCUGUGAAAUUUUCACAUGUGAAAUCGAUGUCAUCUUGAAGACUCUUGUUGAGGAAGAGGAGCUUAUGAAUUUACUCUUCUCUUUCCUGGAACCAGACCAUCCCCACAGUGCACUAUUGUCUGGGUAUUUUAGUAAGGUUGUUGUGUGCUUAAUGGUGCGAAAGACUAUUCAACUCAUAAACUAUGUCAAGGCCCACCAAGAUGUUUUGAAGCAUUUGGUUGAUUUGAUCGGUAUCACAUCCAUAAUGGAGGUUUUGGUGCGACUUGUCGGGGCAGAUGAUCAUGUGUACCCAAAUUUAUUGGAUGUUAUGCAUUGGCUGGCAGAAAGCAACAUGCUAGAAAUGAUUGUGGAUAAAUUGAAUAGUUCGUGUUCUCCUGAAGUACAUGCUAAUGCAGCAGAAACUUUGUGCUCUAUAACAAGGAAUGCACCAUCACCUCUAGCUACUAAACUGUCAAGUCCAAGUUUUGUGGCAAGGAUAUUUGACCAUGCUCUUGAAGAAUCAAAUUCAAAAUCUGCUCUUGUCCAUUCAUUGUCUGUUUGUAUUUCAUUGUUGGAUCCUAAUAGAUCAAUUCCAUCACCAAUGAUGUAUUCAUUCAGAAGUCCACAUGCAUAUGAAUUGCCAGUGAAUGCCAAUCCAGAUACUGUUGGUGCAAUGCUCCCCAAACUAGGUGAGCUGCUGUUGCUUUUGAAUGUUUCAUCUGAUGAGAAGAUAUUACCUACAACAUAUGGAGAAUUGAGGCCGCCACUUGGAAAACAUCGUCUGAAGAUUGUGGAAUUCCUUGCGGUACUGCUGAAAACCGGCAAUGCUGAUGCCGAGAAUGAGUUGAUCAGCUCCGGGACUAUCCAGAGAAUUAUUAAUCUAUUUUUUGAGUAUCCAUACAACAAUGCUUUGCAUCAUCAUGUGGAGAGGAUUAUAUAUUCAUGCCUGGAAAGCAAAAAUAGUGCCAUUGUUAAUCAUAUUCUUCUUGAUUGUAAUUUGGUUGGGAGGAUUCUUCAAGCUGAUGAAAGCCCCGUACUCUCUUGUGUACCUAAUCAGCCAACACUAGUGGAUUGUAGUCGACGGCCUCCUCAAGCAGGAUAUUUAGGGCACUUGACACGAAUAUCCAAUAAACUGAUUCAGCUGGGAAACAGUGAUAGUGUUAUUCAAACUCAUCUUCAGGAAAAUAGCAAGUGGAAUGAGUGGCAGACAACCACCUUGCAGGAACGUAACAUGGUGGAGAAUGUUCAUCGAUGGGCUUGUGGGCGACCCACUGCACUGCAAGACAGGAUUAGGGAUAGCGAUGAAGAAGAUAUACAUGAUAGGGACUAUGAUGUUGCAGCUCUGGCAAAUAAUCUAAGCCAGGCAUUUAAAUACACCAUAUAUGACAAUGAUGAUGCUGAGGGUCAGGGUUCUCGCGAUCAUGGUCGAGAUGACGAGGAUGUCUACUUCGAUGAUGAAUCUGCUGAAGUUGUAAUUUCGUCCUUGAGGUUGGGUGAUGAUCAAGGGAGCAGUUUGUUCACAAAUUCCAACUGGUUUGCAUUCCAAGAUGACAGAAACGGCAGCGACAUGCCUAUGACCACCUUGUCUUCUGACAUGAUGGAAGAUAUUAAUCUGAACGGACUAUCUAACGGUGGCAGCAGCAGCAGUGAUGAUGAGGUAGUGGUUGGGCAGGAUGAGGAAAUGACCGACAGUAAAACUGGUAAUGGACAAUCUGCAUUCGAUGCAAAUUUCUUCAGAGAAUACAAUGAGAACAAUUCUAGGAACGAUGCAGAAUCCAUGCCCCAGAAUGAAAACUCUGCUGCUUCUAACGACUUGGGUUUCUUGCGUUUUGAGACACCAGACAACGAGGAUCCAUUUGUGGACAGGCCAAUGCCCGAAUGGGUAUCAUGGGGAGAAGGACCAGAUUUUCAAGUUGGGGGAUCCAGCACAAACCCAUUCAUCGAUCCGAACACCAACACUGGAAAUCUCUUACAACCAAUCCACACUAGCCCUGCUGCUCCUGUCAGCCCCACUUCAAGUGGAGGCUCGACCUCAAAUGGGACAAUCGGUUCUGAUGGCUCGGCUAAAUCUGAGUUGAGUCAGAGAAGUGUUCCGUCUUUGUUUGAAGAGGAUGUUGAAUUUGUGGGUGUUGAGUUGGAAGGCACGGAGAAGGCUAUGGAGCAUGCCCUGAAAGAAGGGAUAGUCGGGGAAGCCGGACCGCUGAAGAAAAGCCUGAGCCCAAAGAAACCCGAGAAGGAGGAUUCAGAUGAAGAUGGAGGUGGGAUGAAGGAAUUCAACGAUGCCAACUACUGGAGAGUUGAUCAGGAGGUUGCAGUGCUGGAAUGAUGACAAUAAUAAUAACAAUAAAGUAACACAGGAUCUCUGUUACUUUUCAAGGCCGCCGUAGCAUGUACAUUAUUAUUUCUGGUUUCCACCUAUAGCCUUAUCCAUCGAUCAUCUAUCAUGUUAUUAUUGUAUUAUGAUUUGUGAUUGUCGUCUCGUCUCUCCUGCACCUUUCGUGUUGGGGUGGGGGUGGGGGUGGGGUGUUUUCAGUUUUGGUCAGUCAGUCAGUCAGUCUCAUCCUCCCUUAAUUGGUCAUCUUUGUAGCUGUCUUUGUUUAUUUGUUGCUGCAGAAAAUUUCGAUUUCUUGUCUUGUAACAUGAAGAAGUCUUGGUUAGCUGUACGACGUAAUAGCUCGAUCGCAUGCUUUUGUCUUGUUUGUGUUUGUUUUUAUUUGUUGUCAACAGAUGAGAUUAGAUUGGUUGUUCUUUGUGUGUGA